AUGGCGAUGGCGACCUCGUCGGCGCCGCUGCUCCCGAAGCCCGCACUCCGAGCUGCGUCCUCUUCUUCUCUCCACGCCCCGAAUCCAAGGUCCAGGCGACAGCGAGCCACCCCCGAACAGCACGACCAACAUGUCGACAGCAAGUGGCGGAGGCAGCCGAGGGGCCCGCCCCGGCGCGACGAGGGAGCCAAGAGGCGCCUGCGCAGCCUCAUCCAGCGCGAGGAGAUCGACGACGCGCUCGCGCUCGUCGAUUCCAUGGCCUCCGGCGGCAGCGGGAAGUGCCUGCCCGUCGUCCCCUGCAACAUCCUCAUCAAGCGGCUGUGCUCGGUCGGCCGCGUCGCCGACGCGGAGCGCGUGUUCGCGGCGCUCGGCUCCUCCGCCACCGUCGUCACCUACAACACCAUGGUCAACGGGUACUGCCGCGCCGGCCGGAUCGAGGACGCGCACCGCCUCAUCAGCGGCAUGCCGUUCCCGCCGGACACGUUCACGUUCACGUUCAACCCGCUCAUCCGAGCGCUCUGCGUCCGCGGGCGCGUCCCUGACGCCCUGGCGGUGUUCGACGACAUGCUCCACCGGGGGUGCUCCCCUAGCGUCGUCACCUACAGCAUCCUCCUGGACGCCACCUGCAAGGCGAGCGGCUACAGGCAGGCCAUGGUGCUCCUGCUCCUUGAUGAGAUGCGCGCCAAGGGCUGCGAGCCUGCGAGCCGGACAUAG